AAGAAACCUGUCAAUGUGGUAGGAAUACUAGCUAUAUUAUCAUAUCUAUCUAUUAUUUCAUUAGUAUAAGUCAUUUACUAUCUAAAAUUUAAACUUACGACGUGACUUCCGUAUAGCUAAGAACUCCUGCCAAUUUAAAGGCUCUGCACCUUGUAUUCUAGGCUCAGACUUGUUGAGAGUAGAUAAAGAUUUGAUAAGUAUAUUUUUAUUCUUAUUAUCCAGCAAUCUUCUAGUUAUCAUCUUCGUCGUUUACAUCCAAGAUGGCUAGAAAUUCAGAGAAAUCGCAAUCUAUGUUAUUCAGGUUUAGGGAGGCUAAACUUAGUGAGAUGGGUAUGGCUACACGAUUCAGUCGUAGACCAAAAAUGGUAUCUUUAGUUACAUCUAUAAGGGAUUGUGAACGUUUUAGAGGUGAAAUUCUUAGAGAGAUUAGUAGAAAAGUUGAUAAAAUACAAGACGCUGGUUUAACAGAUUAUGAAGUUAGAGAUCUCAAUGAUGAGAUUAAUGGUCUACUUAGGGAGAAAGCAAACUUUGAAAGGCAAAUAGUUAGUCUUGGCGGUGCUAAUUACAGAAGAGCUGGCGUUAUGUUAGAUGAAUCCGGCAAAGAAAUUCCUGGUACCCGUGGUUACAAGUACUUCGGACGCGCGAAAGACUUACCUGGUGUUAAGGAACUAUUUGAGCGUACUGAUCAAGAAGAGGAAGCUGAGGAUGAUCUCUAUAAGCCAUUCACUGAUCAAGGUCCUGAAUAUUACGGUGAUACUACUGAAGGAAAUGACGAAUUGUUAGCAUACGAGUACGAACUAGAACAAAAAUCACAUCAAAAAGCUAUCGAUAGACUCAAAGUUGUAUUUAACACAGCGGAUCUUCAUGAUAGCCAGAAAACUGAGAUACCACGACCGCUGGGAGAUUUAGUAAACGGUGUCAAAACGAAUAAGCUCACUAAUAUCCAUUCUGACUUCAUACAAGACGCCUAUCUAGAGACACCACAAUUACCUACCAAAGAGGAGACUGAUAAGGCUUUGCUCGAUAUACGCAAGCAAGCAUUAAUGUCUGAAUACGGAGUUUAAUGUAUUAAUUUAUGCAUAUAUUGUUG